GGAAGGAAGGAAAGUCGUCGUCUUCUCCGCAGCAGCAGCAGCCACAACCCAACCCAACCCUAUCCAUCUCUCUCUCUCACACACUCCUCACCUGCCGCCGGAGUUCGGCUGAUGGAGACCUCCCUGCGGCUUCGCGGCGCCGACUCGACCUCCGGGCAGCAGCUCGGCCUCCGCAUCCACGCCAAGCAGAAGUUGCCCAUCGCCUACAACGCACUCCUACAGGCUCACGCGGAGAUCGACACCGCCACCAGGAAGCCCUGCCUCCUCGCCGUCCUCGCAAGGCACUUCUUCCCACAGCUGUCGGCCAACGUCGGGGCAGGGGUCCAGCUGGAGAGGGGCAACAUCUUCAGGUACGCCUUCCGGGGCAAGAAGGCCGUCUCCUUCACGGACGACGGCCUCCUCGGCCUCAACAUCAAGGGACGCCUCCUCGCCGACAAGAACUUCAAGCCGAGGAGGAAGAGCGGCGCCGUCGAGUUGGCCUGGACCAUACUCGACUUCAGAAAGGGCCAGGACGUCAGGAUCAAGGCCGGAUACGAGCUAUACCGCAAGAUGCCUUAUUUCCAGUUGAGGGAGAACAACUGGACUCUUAAUGGUUACAUGGAUGGAAAAUGGGAUGUGAGAUUCGAUAUGUGAUCGACUUGGAACCUGUUUGUGGAGGAGAGACUUCUCUGGCGAUCAGUUAGCGCUCUAGUUGUGUUGUCCCUCUUUUAGAGGCCACCAUUCCAUUUCAUUUCAUUGUAUUGCUCUGGAAAGAUGCCAUUCACCAGCAAGCACCAGUUUUAUGGAGAAAAGCCGUAUGUAGAAGUAGAAACCUGACAUUUCAUUGAUGGAAUUGGGUAGUCUUGAAAUUCAGGAUUCAGUCGUCAACUGCAGUCGGUGUCUUUAUGUAGCACUGAUGAGAUUAUUUGGUUGUAUGAUUGCGAAUAAGAAGAAUGUACAAGAUGAAGUGCAUGUAAGAAAGAAAAACACAAAUUAGAAACUAGAGUGUUUUGCUCCUGGCCCAGUCCAGAUAUUGAAGGCAAAACAGUUUCCUCGGUGA